GGAAGGCGGAGCGACGGUCGGCAGCGGGAGACCCUCUGCGGUGUUUCGGUUCCAGCGGCGCCGCUGUGGAGAUGAGCGCGGCGGGGAGGCGCUGGGGCCGGCGGCAGCGAGCUCUGCUCUGGGUUGUUCUGCUGGCGGCGUGGGAGGCGGCGUGGGGGCAGCUGCGCUACUCGGUGCCCGAGGAGAUGCCCAAGGGCUCGUUCGUGGGCGACGUAGCCAAGGACCUGGGGCUGCAGCUGCCGGCGCUCAGCGGUCGCGGUGUCCGCAUUGUCUCCGAAGACAGGACGCAGUAUUUCGCUCUGCACGGGAAGACGGGACAUUUAGUGACGGCGGAGAGGAUCGACAGAGAGCAGCUGUGCCGGCUGGUGGAGAAAUGCGUGCUGCGCUGUGAGCUGAUAGUGGAGGGAGAAAUGAAGUUUUAUGAAAUUGUAGUGGAAAUCACGGACGUUAACGACAACACGCCGAGCUUUCGACAGACAGAAUCGGAACUGAGGGCAAGUGAGAUGACACCCGUUGGGUCGCUGUUUCCUUUGCCAGAUGCGGACGAUCCGGAUAUGGGUCGGAAUUCUCUGCAGAGCUACGAGCUGAGCGGCGACGAGCACUUCUCGCUGGCCGUGCAGGCGGGMCCCGGCGGCGAUCAGCGUCCCGAGCUGGUAUUGACGAAAGCAUUGGACCGGGAGGAGGCGGCGUUUCAYGAGCUGGUGCUGAGGGCGAGYGAUGGCGGCGAUCCGGCACGGACRGGCACGGCGCGUAUUCGCGUGAAGGUGGUGGAUGCGAACGACAACGCUCCYGUGUUCAGCCAGGCGGAGUACACGGUGCGUGUGCCCGAGAAUGUGCCUGUGGGCUCUGUCCUCGUCACUGUCACUGCCACGGAUGCUGACGAAGGGCUGAAUGGGCAAGUGAAGUAUUCRUUGAAGAAAAUCACAGAGAAAGCUUCGCAGAUUUUCCAUCUGGACUCUGAGAAUGGAGCGAUUACUCUGUUGCAAAGCCUGGACUUUGAGGAAGGCGAUGCCUAUGAGCUGGAGGUUCAGGCACAUGAUGAAUUGGGUCUCUUCGACGCAGCGAAAAUCGCAAUCACCGUGACAGACGUCAACGACAACGUGCCAGAGAUUUCUGUGCGGUCAGCCUUGAGUGAGAUCUCUGAGGAUGCACCGUCGGGGACGGUGGUAGCCCUGCUACAUGUGCAGGAUCGGGACUCGGGGGCCAAUGGCAAGGUGCGCUGCUCGCUCGACGAGGGCGUCCCGUUCCAGCUGCAGAACUCUGGCGUCGCGGCGCCUCCGGGUGUCGCUGUUGGCCGCCAMSGAGCGGCGCUGGAGCCGCCGCCGCCGCAGCGUCCUGUCCCCGCAGGCUGCGCUCGCCCGGCGCCGGCCAGAGCGGCAGCGGCACGGGCAGCAGCAGCGGCGAGAGGCGGCGCUUGGCGGGCAGCAGCGGCGUCCGGGGCGGCCAGAGCGGCCUCGCUGUGCUGCGGCGGCCCCUGCGCUNUGCAAGGGAGGCGGGGCAGCGGCAGGAGGCAGGAGCGCGGCGAGCGCUGCCAGAAGACAAUGGCGGUGAGGCGGCGGCRGAGGCUCGGGCCGGGCGGCGGGCGAGCGCUGCUGGCCGCGGUGCUGCUGUGCCUGUGCUGCCGGGCGGCGGCGGAGCGGGUCCGCUACUCCAUCCCCGAGGAGCUGGGCAGAGGCUCGCUCGUGGGGCCGCUGGCGCGGGAUCUGGGGCUCAGCGCGGACGAGCUGCCGGCGCGCAAGCUGCAGGUGGCGUCUGCUGGCAAGAAGCAGCUGAAAUAUUUCACGGUGAAUGAGGAAAACGGGAACCUGUACGUGAAUGAGAGACUGGACCGGGAGGAGAUGUGCGGCAAGUCGGCGUCCUGCUCCGUCAGCUUCGAGGCUCUGGUGCACAACCCGCUGAACGUUUUCCACGUUGAGGUAGCCAUUCAGGACGUGAAUGACAAUGCGCCGCGCUUUCGGCGAGAUAAAUUUUAUAUGGAGAUAAACGAGCUCACUUCUCCCGGUGCCCGCUUUGCCGUGGGCAUGGCUGACGACGCGGACGUGGGCAGUAACUCGCUACAGGGCUACGAGCUGGAGAACAACAGGUACUUCGUGGUAGAAGUGAAGGAGAGUCAGGACGGCAGCAAGUUUGCAGAGUUGGUUCUGCGCCGCGUGCUGGACCGAGAAAGCGAGCAGAACCUCCACCUGGUGCUGACAGCGCUGGAUGGCGGGGACCCGCCCCGGAGCGGCACCGCCCAGCUCUGGAUCAACGUCACCGACGCCAAUGACAACCCACCCGUGUUCGCGCAGGAUCGGUACCGCGUCAGCCUGCGAGAGGACGCGCCUCCGGGACUGAUUGUGCUGAACGUUUCUGCCUCCGAUGCUGAUGCCGGCACCAACGCCCGCAUCACCUACGGCUUCGGGGAAACGCCGGCUGAGCUGCUUCAGAAAUUCAUUGUGGAAGCGGAGACAGGGACGAUCACUCUGAAAGAGCCUCUGGAUUUCGAGGACACACAAAGUUACACGCUGUUGGUGGAGGCAAGGGACGGAGGCGGACUGGUGGCGCACUGUAAGGUGGAGGUGGAGGUGCAGGAUGUGAACGACAACCCGCCUGACAUCACGCUGCUGUCGGUGUCAAACCCAGUGGCCGAGGAUUCGCCGGCCGGCACCGUGGUGGCUCUCCUGAACGUGAAUGACCUGGACUCCGGCGAGAACGGUCAGGUGUCGUGCGAGCUGUCGGGAGAGGCGCCGCUGUCGAUCGUGGCGUCGUCGGGCGGCUCGUACAAGGUGCCGUCCGUGGGCAAAGCCGGACUGGCAUCGCUCGGCAGCGCUCGGUGCCUGCAGUGCCGGGAGGAGGCUGCGGGCGCCGCUGUUGACCGAGAGAAGCGAGAGGAAGAUCGGAGCGCUGCAGCCCCGCCCGCUGCGGCCCGGCUCGGUUGCUCGGCGGACGGGCGAUCCACUAGCGGACCCCGCGAUACGACAGCGUUCUGCAGCGAGGCGGAGAGACUGCCGCCAGCAGCCGGGAAAGGCGAGUCGGCGUCAAUAGUCGGGGAGGAGCAGCGAGCGCUGUUUCGGAGCCGGCGGUGCCGCGGCAAUCUGCGCUACUCGGUGCCCGAGGAGAUGCCCAAGGGCUCGUUCGUGGGCGACGUAGCCAAGGACCGGGGGCUGCAGCUGCCGGCGCUCAGCGACCGCGGCGUCCGUAUUGUAUCCGAAGGUAGCACGCAAUAUUUUGCUCUGCACGGGAAGACGGGGCAUUUAGUGACGGCGGAGAGGAUSGACAGAGAGCAGCUGUGCGAGAGCGUGCAGCAAUGCGUGCUGCGCUGUGAGCUGAUUGUGGAGAGCGACAUGCAGGUUUACGGAAUCCAAGUGGAAAUCACGGAUAUUAACGACAACGCUCCGAGCUUCCGAAAGGCACAAAUUGAACUGAGAAUGAGCGAGACGACAGCCCCGGGGACGCGGUUUCCCUUGGCCGAAGCUCACGACCCGGACUCAGGCCGAAAUUCUCUGCAGAACUACGAGCUGAGCGGUGACGAGCACUUCUCGCUGGCCGUGCAGGCGGGCCCCGGCGGCGAUCAGCGUCCCGAGCUGGUGCUGGCGAAGGCGCUGGACCGGGAGGAGGCGGCCUUCCUGCUGCUGCUGCUGGCGCUGCGCCUUCGGCGCUGGCGGCGCGAGCAGCUGCUGGCGGCGAGCAGCGGCGCCUUGCGCGGCGUGCCGGUCUCGCACUUCGUGGGCAUCGACGGCGUGCGCGCCUUCCUGCAGUCCUACUCGCAMGRRGUGUCUCUCACGGCCGACUCUCGCAAGAGCCAGCUGCGCUUCUCGGGCGCCAGCUGCUGCGACACGCUCCCGGCCCGGCCGCUUCCCGACGAGCCCGCGCCGCUGCUCGGGGACGASAACCCUGCCGGCGCUCCACYCGCCGACCCCGCCUCUGUSCCGGUGAGUUCGUCKGGCAUGACAGGCUGCGCGGUGCUUCCUCUUCUGCUCUCCUGCUCUUUCUCCCGGUGUUCUGUGUUCUGUGUGCGGAGGUUUGCUGACAAGUAG